CGGAGAGGACCCCGCAAUGACAUGAGAGUCUGAGGACAGACACUUUUUAUCACCAUGUGUGUCACCCCAGAGGUCAAGAGUCAUGGGAUGAAGUUUGCUGAGGAGCAGCUGCUAAAGCAUGGAUGAACUCAAGGCAAAGGCCUGGGCCGGAAGGAGAAUGGCAUCACCCAGGCCCUCAGGGUGACACUGAAGCAGGACACUCAUGGGGUGGGACACGACUCUGCCAAGGAGUUCACAAACCACUGGUGGAACAAGCUCUUCAACAAGACUGCAGCCAACUUGGUAGUGGAGGCUGGACAGGAUGGAGUACAGAUAAGGCGCCUUUCUAUGGAGACCACCUGUCGUAAUCCUCCCAAGCCCAACUCGCUGUAUCAGAAGUUUGUGAAGACGGCUACCCUGACUUCAGAUGGAGAGAAGCCAGACAAAGACAUGGAGAGCUGCAGUGACGAUGACAACCAGAGGCCCAACCGCCCAAAGAUUCUGACGGAUGAGAUGCUGCUCCAAGCCUGUGAGGGGCGAACAGCACACAAGGCUGCCCGUCUUGGGAUUACGAUGAAGGCCAAGCUUGCUCGGCUGCAGGCCCAGGAGCAGGCCUUCCUGGCUCAUCUCAGAGGCCAAGACUCUCAGGCCUCUCAACCACAGUCAGAGAGCAAGCCGCCCCAAAAGAAGAAAAAGAAAAGGAAGCACAAAGAGAAGGAAAAGGCUACAGCACCUGAAAGGAAUGCCGAUGAGAAGCACCCAGAACACACUGACCAGAGCACCAGGAAAAGCAAGAAGAAGAAAAGGCAACAUCAAGAACAAAAGGUCUCAGAUAAGAGAGAGGGAACAACUGUAUGGAAUGAGGAGGAAGAAGCUGCAGGAACAAGUGAGCUUAGGGAAUUGAAGAGCAGAGAGCAAACUGAUCAGUCCCUAAAUAAAGGAGAGAGAAAAGAAAGAGCAGACCAUGAAAGAAGCGGAGGUGGAUGA